ACAUUUCAUUUACCAAGUAUUACGCCGUAGCUGCCAUUUUGUGUGCUGUCACAAUCCACAUGCUUCUAAUCCAUCAUCCUGAAAAAGCCUUCUUUUUAUGACGCAGUAGACCCAGUAGAUUUUGAAGGCUUCCUAAUGACGCGGCUGAACAACUUGGACUCAGAACUAGCACAAGAACUUGGUGACUUCCCUGAAGAUGACUUGGACAUUGUCUUUACACCCAAAGAGUGCAGGACUUUGCAACCCUCUAUGCCAGAAGAUGGGGUUGAACUGGACUUACAUGUCAGAGACUGUGUUCAGACGUAUAUCCGGGAGUGGCUGAUUGUGAAUCGAAAGAACCAAGGGAAUUCAGAUAUUUGUAGCCUGAAAAACAAAGGAUCCCGAAAAGAUUUUCACAAGACGCUUCAAAAACAAACAUUUGAAUCGGAAACAUUGGAUUCCAGCGAUGCAAACUUUCAGGUGGGGCCCCGACAUGUCCAUGCGCUCUCCGAGGAGGCCUCAAGGACGACCCUCACCUCCUCCGACUUCGACCUGCGCAGCCUGCAGCCGGACCCCCGCCUGGAAAACCUGCUGCGGCACGUCAGCGCCGAGGAGUUCGAGAGGCAGAACGAGGAGGCACGGCGCACCAACAGGCACGCCGAGCUCCUCGCCCUCUACCCCUCCGUGGAUGAGGAAGAUGCAGUGGAGAUACGGCCGGUGCCAGACCGCCCAAAGGAACAUCUGGGCAACAGGAUUUUGGUGAAGUUGCAGACUCUCAAGUUUGAUAUAGAGAUCGAACCUUUGUUUGCAUGCAUAGCUCUCUAUGACAUAAAAGAAAGAAAAAAGAUCUCAGAAAAUUUUCAUUGUGACCUCAACCCUGAUUCAUUAAGAGGAUUCUUGCGUUCUCAUACACCCUCCAUUGACUUGUCUACUCAGGCAAGAUCGGCAGUAUUUUCUGUCACUUAUCCCUCGUCAGAUAUAUACCUAGUAAUAAAGAUAGAAAAAGUGCUUCAGCAAGGAGAAAUUGGAGACUGUGCAGAACCCUACAUGGUUCUUAAGGAAAGUGAGGCUGGCAAGACAAAAGAAAAGAUUGAAAAACUGAAAGCCCAAGCUGAAUCCUUUUGUCAGCGGCUGGGGAAAUACAGAAUGCCAUUCGCCUGGAUUCCCAUAAGCCUAACUAAUUUCUUCAACCUUUCAACACUUGAACGAGAAAUACCUGAGGCCGAAGGUUUAAAUGGGAAAGGAUCCACUAGUGACAAAAGGUCAACACUGCUGCAGGCGAGAAGACCUUCUGAGAGAAGUCUCAGCUCAGAGGACAGCUAUCCAGUAUCAAACUUCAAAACAACCUCUCUGACCCUCAGCACCUUCUUUAAACAGGAAGGAGACAGGCUCAGUGAUGAAGAUCUGUUCAAAUUUUUAGCUGAUUUCAAAAGAUCAUCUUCCUUGCAGAGAAGAAUUAAGACUUUACCAGGAACACUUAAACUGGAGAUUUCCCCAGCUCCAGAAAACCUUGGUUAUUGUCUGACACCAGAAUUACUACCAGUGAAGCCAUUUCCAGAAAACCGUAAUCGUCCUCACAAAGAGAUUUUGGAAUUUCCAAUUAGAGAAGUGUAUGUUCCCCAUACCAUUUAUAG